UUAUGAAAGAUUUGGUGGUUGAGAGUAACUGGCUCGCAUACUGAUGAGAUUAAAAUACCUAUGCAAACUUCAUCAUUGGCGACUUUGAGUGCAUCGAUGACACUUUUUACACAGUAAUUGUACUUGAAUACUUAAUACAAAGUCAGUCAGUACACAAUGCUGUACAUAUUGUCAUGUAUGAGAGCAUGCAUGUGUAGGGUUAGGUUUUCACUAUUAAUGUGCACUUUAAAAAUCAUGUUUAACCUUCAAAAACAUUGUAGAUGAAUUUAUAGGAUAUAUAUAUUCAUCAAUUUAUGAAUAUUUUCAAACAAUGUCAAUGCAGAGCAGGAUCAUUGGUGUGAAAAGUAAGGUUAUAUGUACAAAUCAUAGUCGAGAAAAAAUUCUACCGAGAUUUCUUCCAGAAAUCAUGUCUGAUUUAUCGGGGUUUUCAUUUACACUUUUCUCUGGAAACCUGCUAGAUUUGAAAAAUCUCGGUAGCCUUCAGGUACUUUCUCGGGAACGCUGCUACUAGGAUUUUUCGCACAUCAUCGCAACAUGGGUCCGAAAUUCUGUGAGCAAAAACUGCGCCUAUUUCACAGAGCUUGCAAACAAAACAUUCUGGACGAUAUCAGACGUUAUGUAAAACAAGGAUAUCCUGUCAACAGUCAUGCCGAUUCAAGCCUUGGUGAAAAAUUUUCCGGCUAUACGCCGCUACAUUUCGCCGUCGAAAAUAGGGAUGAAGAAACCGUUAUUUAUCUAUUGGAAAACGACUCUGACAUUACCGAGAGAAAUGCGGAUUGUUUGACUCCGGUUCACCUCGCGUAUUACAUCGAAGCUACCGAUUUGAUAUCUACAAUCUUCAAACACUCUACUUCGUUCAAAACGUACGAAAACGUAGUGGAUAGAUCGGGACUGACAACUUUUCAUAUCUGCUGUGCUUUGGGCAUUCCAGUGUUAAAUCAAUUCAUAAACAACGAAGUUAACGUAAACUGUUCGGUUUCUUUACUCGCCGACAAGGAUUGCGGCUUUACACCUUUGCAUUUUGCAGUCCGAAAUGGCUCUAUAGAGGAUGUAAGCCUACUUUUCGAAAAUUACGCCAAUCCUCACAUAACGUGCGAAGGAGGCCUUAGCCUGCUGCAUAUCGCGAGUGAAGGCUCUGACUCAUCAGCCAUCGUAGAGUUGCUGUUAUUGUACGAGACUGAUAUGAAGAUAAAGGACAACAAAGGUCGUACUGCGUUACACAGUGCUGUCGAACACCAGCGUUUGAAUAUCAUAAAGGUUCUAAUAAAACGCGGCGCUUCUAUACACGAGCGUGAUCUCCAAAAUCAGACUCCGUUUGACCUGGCCGUGAAGAGUAGACAGUACGCGGCUGUUGAUACGAUGUUAACGCUGUGCAAAAGUAGCUUCGAAACGCCUAUUAGCUUCUCUGAUAUCUUCGAUUUUGAUGAGUUUUGUGGCGUUUCCAGUGAGGCAAAAAUGAGCCAUAUCAAGACGUCUUCAGAACAGGAUAGUAAACGCCAUAGCUAUACAGCGUUGCAUUUCGCUGUACAAGAGAAACGCGAAGACAUCAUGAUUUAUUUGUUGGAGAACGGCGCUGACAUCUCGGCAAAGGGCGACAAUGGAUGGACUCCAGUUCACCAAGCCUAUUAUAAUAAUGAUUCAUUCGAACAGUUGAUAUACACACUCUUCAAGCACUCCGUAGUUAAUACUUUCGUCAAUGUAGCCGACGACACAGGACUGACACACUUUCAUAUCUGUUUCACCAUGAAUUACAUCCCAACCUCCAGUCUACAAGAAUUUUUAAAUAGCGGAACGGACAUAAACUGCGCAACUUCGUUACUUUCCGAGACUGAUCCAGGUUUUACUCCACUACAUUUUGCAAUUAAACGUGACUCCAUGUUAAACGUUAAAUUUCUCUUGGAUCACGGCGCCGAUCACUCUUUACGGUGUGGACGUGGUUUAACACCGCUUCAGUUGGCCAUCGAACUCCAGCAGUUGGAUUGCAUAAAUUUACUCUUAGAAGCUGGUGCUGAUUUCAUGAUUAGAGAUCGCAGAAAUCGCCUUCUCCUACAUAGCGAGUUUUAUAGGAAUGGCCAUAAUGGCAUCGUUAAGAUUCUUUUAGACAAAAUUCCAAAAGAUCAGAAUUACGCGGACGACCGCGGCUUGACGCUUCUUCACAUGGCUACUUGGUGUCGUCGGUUAGACAUUGUUGAGAGCUUACUUGCCCAAAACUGCUGCCCUAAUGGGCGCAUCAUCGCGAUUAAUGAAACUAGUGGCGAAACAUCAGCGGUUGAUAUGCACGACCUGACUGGUUUGACCCCGCUGCACAUAGCUCUGAGCAAGGGUGAUUCGUGGAGCGUCAACGAAUUGUUAUUAGCCGGUGCUGAUAUCAACGCAGAAGAUAACGAAGGCCGCUCGACGAUCGCGUCGUUUCAUGACUAUACGUCCAUUGAUAAUGAUGAUGAUGAUGAUGAUGAUGAUUAUGAUUAUGAUGAUGAUGAUGAUGAUGAUACUAUAAAAAAUUUCAGCACAAAUCAUCUGGUAAUAGAGUUGCAGAUUGCGAACCAUCUGAAAAAAAUGGAAGUCGCUGGACUGUACGUUAGCGAUAAAGUUAAGAAUGACUUUAUCGAGGGGCAUAAAAAAAUACAGUGGGUUAGAGAACGGGCGAUCAGCGAUAGGGUGUGCGCAGCCGAACUGGAAAAGCUGCAACAAACGAGAAUCGACGGAUGCGGCGGUGAAAAUUUGCGCAGUAUUCUCUACAAAGCCGAGGAGCAAAUAGUCUGGCUUAUUAAAAACAAAAAGCUGGCGACUCAAUUGAAUCCGGAACGUCUGGAAGAUUUGGUGAGGGAAUUUCCCUUGUACGGUGUCAUGAUCAAAUCUCAGGUGAACAAAGGUUUGAGAAAAAUUCCGAGGGAUCAAAAGGCGAGGGAUAGUUUGACCGGCUUGACUGGCAUAAGUUUGCCUGAACUGUGUUCUAGACAUAUUUUCAAACAUUUAAUGAACGAGCAUCUUGAGAAUCUAAUUGAUGCGAAUCUGAAAAGGCUGAAAAAAUGUUAAACUAUUGUAUUCCGAUCGAGAAACAAAUAAAUAAAUAUUAACUUUUUUUAUAA